CUGGCACUGGCCCUAUCUGGGUUGGUCCAAACCCGGAGGAACAGUGCACCAAGAGACAGUGCCAAACUGAGAUCUGUGAGGUGAGGCUGUGAGGUCGUAGCCCCUCCGGUUAAAGAAUACGCUAAGAUAACAUUAAAUGAGCUAAGAUAACAUUAAAACAAGCCAUCUGGAACCAGUGUAGUGUCUGAUUGUAUUUUACAGUGAUCUAAUCAAAACAGAAGGGAUAAGACUCAGAAUAGUGAAUCAGUUUGGACUUCGAAGAGCAAAGAAGGAGACGAAGAAGAAGAAGAAAGAAUAACAAAAGAGGCAAACUACCAUCAUGUACCUUCUGGUGUUCCUUGUCUCCACUCUGUCGGCCAGUGAGGUCAUCGGAGCAAAGCGUCGGUGCGAAGAGGUCACCGUCUUGCAGAACGAGAUGCAGACGCUGAAGGAGGAAAACCAGCUCCUCCACGGCGAAGUGACGACCCUCAGGACCGCCGUCGAGAACCUGGGACAGAGCCUCGAGGGACUCUCCAAGGUGGUCGCGAGAUCCUUGCCAGAAGACUGCAGCCAAGCCAAGGCCAGAGGGGCGUGGUCCAAGGUGACGUUGGUCGCGCCGCCGGGCAUGGAGCCUCGGGAGGUGGCCUGCGACCAGCAAACGGACGGCGGCGGGUGGACGCUCGUCCUGGCGCGGCACCCCCCGUCGGCCCCUCGCCACCACGCCCGUCACGAGCAGCAAAUUCAUAGGAUAGGAUUCAACACGAGCUGGGAGGAUUACAAGAAGGGUUUCGGCGACGUUCGAGGGGAAUUCUGGCUGGGUAACGAAGUCCUUCACGCACUCACACGCGAUGUCCCGCACCAAGUCCACGUCCACCUCACCGACUGGGACGGAAACACCGCCUACUCCACCUGGGAUUACUUCAGGGUAUCCAGUGAAACCGACAAAUACCGGCUGAGCGUGAAGGAAUACCGGCCGGAUAGCACAGCGGGCGACGGCUUCCAUCACCACAACAGCCAUGCCUUCUCCACGUAUGACUUUGACAACGACGUGUAUCCGGAUCACUGCGCCCGGCUGUUCGGGGGAGGCUGGUGGUACUUCAAGUGCUACGAAUCCCACCUGACGGGCGAGGCUCUGCGCCAGGGCCAGGAAGACCACCACGGCCUCGUGUGGAUAACGUGGCAGAGCUUCCGGAGCCUCAAAGCGGCCACCAUGAUGAUCCGACCGCGAGUCCGGCCGUGUAAGCUGGGGCAAGUGUGCGUCAAGCCUCUGGAAGGGCGGUGAAGGUCCUGCGCCAAGCAUGCGGCUUCAGAUGAUGGGUUUUUGAACGUGUUAGAGCAGAGAGAGUUAAUAAACAUAUAGACGUGAUUGUGUGUGUGUAAGUGUAACUGCGCGCGCGCGCGCUUGUGUGUGUGUGUGUGUGUGUUUGUGUGUGUGUGCUUGUACGUGCUUGUACGUGCACGUAUGUGUUUAAGCAAAUAAUGAGUUUUGAUUGAUUAGAUACUGUUGUUAGUGUAUAUGGUUACUAUACAUUUGAAGAGAUUGAUUUUUAUAUUUAAUCCAGGAAAUAGAUACCUUUUGUCCC